CCGCCCUCCCCGCGCCGAGGCUGCCCGCGGAAUGAGCGUCCCCCGGGUGGCCGCCGCCGCCUCCUCUCGAGCUCCGGGCGGGCGGGCAGAAAGCGCGGCUGCCGGCGCAGUCCCUGCAGCGGGAGCGGAGUGAAUGACCGAGAGGAGCGGCGCGGAGAGGCAGCCCCGGCAUCAGGAUGCGGGCGCCCGCCAACAUCCUCAACCUGCUGCUGCUGUCCUUGCUGGCCGGCCUGGACCCGUCCAAGACUCAAAUCAGCCCUAAGGAAGGGUGGCAAGUUUAUAGCUCAGCCCAGGAUCCCGAUGGCCGUUGCAUCUGCACUGUUGUUGCACCUGAACAAAACCUAUGUUCAAGAGACGCCAAAAGCAGGCAACUCAGACAGCUGCUAGAGAAGGUGCAGAAUAUGUCCCAAUCUAUUGAAGUUUUAAAUCUACGGACUCAGAGGGAUUUCCAGUAUGUCUUAAAAAUGGAAACACAAAUGAAAGGGCUGAAGGCCAAGUUUCGGCAAAUCGAAGACGAUCGGAAGACGUUAAUGACCAAGCAUUUUCAAGAGUUGAAAGAAAAGAUGGAUGAGCUCCUGCCAUUGAUCCCAGUUCUGGAACAAUACAAAACUGAUGCCAAAUUAAUCACCCAGUUCAAGGAGGAAAUUAGGAAUCUGUCUACUGUCCUCACUGGGAUUCAGGAAGAAAUUGGUGCUUAUGACUACGAGGAACUACACCAGCGGGUACUCAGUUUAGAAACCAGGCUUCGAGACUGCAUGAAAAAGCUCACAUGUGGCAAACUGAUGAAAAUUACAGGCCCCAUUACAGUCAAGAUAUCUGGAACCCGGUUUGGAGCCUGGAUGACAGAUCCAUUAGCAUCGGAGAAAAACAACCGGGUCUGGUACAUGGAUAGCUACACUAACAAUAAAAUCGUCCGUGAAUAUAAAUCCAUUGCAGACUUUGUCAGCGGGGCUGAAUCAAGGACAUACAACCUCCCGUUCAAGUGGGCAGGAACCAACCACGUCGUCUACAAUGGCUCCCUCUAUUUCAACAAGUAUCAGAGCAACAUCAUCAUCAAAUACAGCUUUGACACUGGGCGGGUGCUUGCACAGCGUAGCCUCGAGUAUGCUGGCUUUCACAAUGUCUACCCUUACACCUGGGGUGGCUUUUCUGAUAUUGACCUGAUGGCAGAUGAAAUUGGGCUAUGGGCUGUGUAUGCCACCAACCAGAAUGCAGGCAACAUUGUCAUCAGUCAGCUAAACCAGGAUACACUGGAGGUGCUGAAGAGCUGGAGCACAGGCUACCCAAAGAGAAGUGCUGGAGAAUCCUUCAUGAUCUGUGGCACCUUGUAUGUUACUAACUCUCACUUAACAGGAGCCAAGGUCUACUAUUCUUAUUCCACAAAAACCUCCACUUACGAGUACACAGACAUUCCUUUCCAUAAUCAGUAUUUCCACAUAUCCAUGCUUGACUACAAUGCAAGAGACAGAGCUCUCUAUGCCUGGAACAACGGACAUCAAGUCCUGUUUAAUGUCACCCUUUUCCACGUCAUUAAAACUGAAGAUGACACAUAACUUUCUUUCCCUUCCCUUUGCCUCGCCUCCCUCCCUCCAAGCAGUGUCAUUUGUGAUGAACUCCAAAAGCAUCCAUCUCUCUCAUUUCCUUUUAAUUUACAUUUCUCUUUUUCCAUUAAGGAAAAGCAACAUUCUUCUACCAUACAAUGCAUUUCAAACACCGCUGUCAAAAACGGCCUGUUGGAAAUAAAAGCAUCUUAACUCAUGAUUCUACAAGGUCUGCCAAGACCUUGUCUUAAAAAGCACUAAAGAGGAUUUAAGUGGAUAAAGGAAGUUUUUAAAAUAUUAUGAUCUGCCUUAUUUUAGAGUCAGAGACUAAUGGUGGCUUAAAUGCAUGAAUGUCUUUUUUUACCUCAUUUUGGUUUGAAUCUCUCGCUCCACUUCAGGAAAUAUUUUGGUAGUGUCAGACACAUAUUGCACAUUGUAUUUUCUUUUUAUUUAUUCCAAAAGAAAGAUUUAGGGAUUUAAUUACCUUGGACAUGGAGUACGAUUCCUUUUGCUAUCGCCCAACUUCAGAUGUGGUGCUGUACAGUAUGUUUUUAAAUCUCUGGCAAACAUUUUAUCGACAGUAUGUAUAUUUCUUACCAUUGUAACCACCAUUGUGCAAUUGUAUCUCUUCACUUAUGUGAAAGUAAAC